CCCGGCUGUGCGCAUCGCCCAGCCGCGGGGACACCCUCCAUGGGAGGCUGGCGGGGAGCGGCGGCCCCUGCGCGCCCGUGGGGAGCUGGUGGUGAGGUCGGGGGCUCCCCCUGCUCUCCUUAUCCUCCUAUCCCGACAGCCAUGGCACAGCCCGGGGACUGAGGGAGAAGAAGGGGGAAGGAGACAGGGGAAACUCGGUCCCGCGUUGGUCCGGCACGCAGCAGCAGGACAAUGGAGAACAAAGCCAUGUAUCUUCACACCUUCAGUGAGAGGGAGAAUGGCUCCAUCUUUGAGGAGCCUUUCGAGGGAAGGAACCUCUCCAAACUGAACCUCUGUGAGGAUGGUCCUGGGAGGAGGAUGAAGGUAACAGGAUGUUGUGGCCGGCUGGGGUCCUUGGCAGCACUGAAAUACGCUGUGGUGGGACUCUACCUUCUCGUCUUUCUCAUCCUUGUUGGUGUCUUCAUCCUCGCAGUCUCCAGGCCACAGACAUCCCCCGAGGAUCUGAAGGUGCUGAUGGGGAACGUCAACCGCCUCAACGAGAGCUUUCGGGACAUGCAGCUGAAGCUGCUGCACCUACCUCUAAAGGGGGACGUGCUGGAUCACAUCUGGAGACUCCAGGACCUUCUGCAGAACCACUCAGACUCCUUGUUCCUCAUGACUGGAUCGCUGCAGAAGCUGGAAGGACUUCUCUGGAGCCUGCAGACCCAGGCCAGCCAAACCGACAAGGCAGUGUCCAGCCUCUGGGACAGCCUGUCCCAGCAGAGUGACGCAGCUCAGCAGGAGACGUACAAGCUCUCCGUGGAAGGCAACAGCAGCCGGCUGCUGCUGCAGCACCAUGAGCACCUCCUGAGCCACCUGGGCAGCAGGGUAGAGAGCCUGAGUGACCAGGUGGCGACCGUGAGCGGGGCUGUGGAUGCCAUGAACAGGACCUUCUCCUACGACGUGAGCAUCCACCAUACCCGCAUCCAGGACCUGCAGGUGCUGAUCAGCAAUGCCACCGAAGACGCCCGGCAGAUGCGUCUCAUCCACAUAGCCAUGGAGGAGCAGCUGAAGCAUGAGCUGGCCAUCCUCAACAAUGUGACAGAGGACCUAAGGCUGAAGGACUGGGAGCACUCUGUCGCGCUGAAGAACAUCUCUGUGAUACGGGGGCCACCAGGACCCAAAGGAGACCAAGGCAAUGAAGGGAUGGAGGGUGAACCUGGUCUUCCCGGCCUGCCUGGCCUGCAAGGUCUGCCUGGGGAGAGAGGACCACCAGGACCAAGGGGCUUGAAAGGCGACCAAGGAGACCUUGGCCCUCCAGGUCCAGUGGGGAUGCGAGGGUUCAAAGGUGACCGAGGCCCGAAGGGAGAGAAGGGGGAUCGAGGUGGGGGCACAGCAGCAGCGGUGGAGGAGGGAACAAUUCGGCUGGUGAAUGGCUCUGGCUCCCAUGAGGGACGGGUGGAGGUCUUCUACGACCGGCGUUGGGGCACGGUCUGUGAUGAUGGCUGGGACAAAAAGGAUGGAGACGUGGUGUGCCGGAUGCUGGGCUUCCGAGGUGCUGAGGAGGUGUAUCGCAUGGCUCGAUUUGGCCAAGGUAUGGGAAGGAUCUGGAUGGACGACGUCUCUUGCACAGGGACAGAGCAGAGCCUUCUGCACUGCAGCUUCUCCAGCUGGGGCAAGACCAACUGUGGCCAUGCCGAGGAUGCUGGCGUGAAGUGCCUGACACCGUGAUGGGGGCUGGGGAAGACACCCCCAGUCUGGCUGCAGGUCUAGGGGUGGUUCAGCCUCCCCAUGGAUCUCACCUGGGCUUCCUGAAAUGGUUUUAUUACUACAGAAAUAAAUCCCUUUUUAUGA